AUGAUGGAGUUAAACGGUGUUAACCUCGACAGGUGUAUGGAGGAGUUUACUCACCUGGAACGGAAAAUGACAGAGGUUAGUGGCAGAAUCAACAUGUUGGAGAUGAUGCUGGAGGAUGCCAAUAGACUCUUGAAAUUCUAUCAGACCAAGGAGAAUAGUCUGAAUGAGGAGAGAGACAGUCUCCUCAUCACAGUGAACAGACUGCAGCAGACUCUGCAGGAGCAGUGCAACCUCAGAGUAGAGAACGAGAGACUGACGAACGACAUGGGGGAAAUGAAACAGCAGAGUGAGAGAAGAGCAAAGGAUGGAGAGGCUGAGCUUCAGAGCCUCGUCAGUGACAUGAGGGCCGAGGGAGAGAGACACAAGAGGGAGCUAGAGACUGUACGGCAGCAGUGCAGAAGAGAGCUGGAGGACGCCUGCAGGGAGAGUUUUCAUCAGCUGCAAGCUAAAGAUGCUGAAGGAAAGAAUCUGCUGGAGAGAAAGGAUCUGGAUCUGGAGGAGUUAAAGAAGAGGCUGAAGGACCAGGAGAGGGAGAGGCAGAGCGAGCUCCUGAAGUUACAGAUGGAGUUUGGUGCGAAGUUAGCCAGAGUGCAGAGCACAGCUCAGUGGAGCCAGCAGCAGCAGCAGCAGCAGCAACAACACGGCUCCAACCUUCUUCCACAGAGCGUCUUCAAGAGGGUGAGCGUCCCACACAGUGCCUUUUACAUCUCUUUGUUUGUGUUCGUGUGUCCUCAGAAGCUGCAGUUCUUCCAGGAGGAGAAGAACAAGGAGAUUGUGGCUCUGCGUCAGAGGAUCAAAGAGUUGGAAGAGAACCAGCGUGCCGGCGGCUUUAAUGACGGCCGUCUGAAGAAGAGAAAGAUCUAG